GAGCCGGGGGGAAGGCGGACAGAAUGGCGACCCAGUGCCGGAGCUCCAGAUGCACGGCCGAAAGAAAAGGAUUCCGGCGGGAACUCGACUCAUGGCGACACAAACUCAUCCACUGUGUCGGGUUUGAAAGUAUACUGGAGGGAAUAUAUGGACCAAGACUGCUCCAAGAUCUCAAUAUAUUUGAUGAGUGUGAACCGGAGACAGUGGAUGAUUGGUCCAUGAAUGCAAACUGCUCUUUUUGCAACCUGCAGCUGGAGAAACUGAAUGAACACUCUGCCGUGGCCAUGCCUGGCUCGCCACCCCCUGCUGAAACCCCCCCACCUCAGGGCCUGUCCACCUCUGAUAAACUCCAGUGCCAAGCAGACCGAUUCCUCCACGCUAUAUUUCGUAAAAAGGAAUUCCCUCAGAGCUGUGAUACCAGCAUACCAUUGGUGGCACAGGAGUUGAUGCGCAAGAUGAUUCGGAGGUUUGCCUUAGAGUAUGCGUGUAAAAGCCAGGCUCACGAGGGCCUGAAUGGUCUAAGUGACACACCUGAGCUUCUCCCUCAUCAACAGGACCUUGAUGGGCCUCUGGAUCUCACCAUCAGCCGAGCUUCUCAGGCCCUCCAAGUUGAUGAAGUGCUUGACCUCUCCAAGAAAAACACAUCAGCAGAAAAUGAAACUACUCAAAGAAAGGUUUCAAGUUUCUUAGGGCCAAAUGUGGAAGACCGGUCCAGACUGGAGACGGAAGAUGGUUCUAAAGCUCCAGUGGUCUGGAAAGUUACUGUGUUGGAGAAGGUCCUGUCUUCGCUUUGUUCCCAUCAUAGACUGCUCUUCUAUCAUAUUUUAAAGGACAUGCAGGAAGAAUACAACAUCUCCGUAACACUGCGUGAUGCUCACAGAAGACAGUUUAAGGCUGAAUCUCUCUGUUGUCAUGCUGAUAAAAAAUCACUUAAUGAGGCCCCGAUACUUUCAUUAAGUGACUGCUCAGUAACUGCUGGCAUUUGUUGCAGAACAGCUUGUAGGCUUCCAACAAUUUCUCCUCUUUGCGUCUGUCUGAGGAACAUUCAUGGCAAUUCCUGCCAAGAUACAUCUAUGGCAUGUGUUGGCCAAGAUAACUCUUCUAACCCCACUGUUUGUUGUACUCACUCAAAACUACCAUCGUGCCAUCUUCAGCACAAUGGUGAUCAUACUUACAUUUCUCAUGUAAGAGGAACUCGAAUUACCCAUGAGGGUGAUUGCAAUUACCACAAUAGAUGUAAAGGAAGCCGUAGCCCCUCCCCACCACCACUAUCACCAAAGCCAAUGGACCUGGAUUGUAAAAUGGCUGUCAAGUCCAGUAUCUUACAAAUUCAGGACUGCAAGUCAUUAAACAUGGCACCUCCUUCUCUCCUACCUCACAGAACAGAGCAUGAAGAUACAGCUUUGUACUGUAACACUCCUCUUCGUGUGGGAUCUUCGGAUGAAUGUUGUGAAAAAGUUUUAAUGUUGCAUACAAAUGCAGAAAAGGAGAAUGACCACCAGUGUGGGUCUUUCAUAGGAGAUCUAAUGGACAGAGUCACUGAAAAGCUCAGAAGCAUCCAACCUUCAGAGAAGGAGCAAAAUCUUGGCAGUCAAAUCUCCAAGACAGAUGACACACAUUUGACAGAAAUUAUAACAACCGUGCUACACAACAGUAGUGACAAAGAUUACAACCUUAAUGAGCUUUUACAACAGCAUGUUGCCACCGAACAGCGAUCCCCUCAGACACGUUCCCGCAAGAGACUGGAAACAUUAGUUGCUAAGUCACCUGAUCUUCCAUCAUCAAGAAGACAAAGCUUACAAAUCAAAAGAGAUCUGGCCAGACUUAGUCCAUCAUGUUUAAAGAGGAAUUUAGGGUUUGAGAGAGAGAGGUCCUUAAAAACUGUUAAAGCUGCACAGCUAACAUACUCUCUUGUUGAACAAUCUGAUAGUAGAAAGUUGGACACAAUACCCAGGACAGUGGACUCAAAGCCUAUAAAAGAUACCUUAGAAAAUUCAACCACGCAUACACAAAUGAAGGAGACAACGAAUAAACAAAAGAGCCAAGAAAUUCAACCUCAAAAUGUAUAUUUUGAAGAACCACUGCCUCUUGAUGAAAGUGCACAAUUGCAAGCAAAUGCAAAAAUUCAUAAAGCGAAAAAUCUGACCGUUCAAGUUGGAAGAGCCAGACGAAAUAUUGUACCACCACAGCGUUUCUCAUCCUAUGUUACUGAGCCACGGAAAAUGUAUUUUGCAGCCUGUUUUUCAGAAAGUAUAUUCGCCAAGCAUUCCCCUAAGGACAGUACCUCAACAGCUCUUGGUUCUACAGAAGAAAUCGCCUGGCCAAGUGAUAUAUGUAAUAAACAGCCUCUUCAAAAUGAGGAUCAACAAGAAGGCUGUGAUGUGCCACAAUACAUAACUUCAUUAAAAGAGCCACCAUGUGAGCACAAGGAUAAUGGAAGGAAUCCUGAUAAAGAGAGUGCAAGAAAAAGGAAACCAUGCCAGAAUUCUACUUCACCAUCAAAAGAACAUAAACGCCAUAAGACCAACAGUCUAAACACUGACUCGCACAGCCCUACUGAAACCAUGUCUAACUUUACUACCACUGAGAGUGGACAAGAAGCUAAAGCAAGCUUGUCUGGACUGAAAUAUGAUAGUCCAAUAAAGCUCAUGUUUGUUUCCUCUGUGACAGGUGAAGAUGGUGUAAAAUACACACUCAAAGCAGCUGCCUCAGGCUCAGAUUCCCAUGGAGAGAUGUUUGAUCCAUGUGUGGAAUCCUCAUGGGCAGGUAGUGCCAUCGAUGAACAUUUCCAGGAUCCAGUCCUUGAAUCAGCUCCAGGGAGAUCUGUUGAACAUGGUGGGAACAAGUAUACUUUACCAAAAGUGGUUUCACAUGAUGCAGUAUUGCCAAGUUGUUCAAACAACGAAGAUGAACACCAAGAAACACUACCAAUUGUACAUCAAACAUCUCCAGUAAAAAGGCGUCCUGGGCGUCCCAAAAAAAUAGGACCACAUAUUGUGAAGUCUGUGAAACGUCCCAUUGGCAGACCUCCAAAACCCAAAACAACAGACUUGUGUUCAUCAUCUGGUACAACCGGUUCCAGUGCAGUAAAUCAUAGGACAACAGAAAUUUCUGGUAAGGAUGAUGGAAACAAAAACCUAAAAAUCACCAUAGUGUAUGGAAGAUCAAGAAGGGCAAAAAGAGUAGUUUCUGAAGAUUUGAGUAAUAUCUCAGAACAACAACAUGUUUUUGAACUAUUAAAUGGUGGCACGUACAGUGAAACAUAUUCUGGAAAGACUAGUAGUAGUGAUCAGAUGCUUAAAGAUGACCAUUUUGUUAUGCCUGUUGAAGACAGGAGAUGUAUUUCUUCAAGCAGCAACAUCAAAUGUCAAAGACAGAGUGACACCGCAGUGUCACGAAAGCCAGGAAGACCUCCCAAAGUCAAAAUAUCUGGUAUCUCUGUCACUGUCACCACAGGGUCUCCAAGGCAAAGAAAGAUACAUAUAAAAAGGGACACAAAAGAUUCACACCUGCUCAGAAAGAACCUUCUUGUUGAAAUUCAACCUUCCAAAGAGCAGAAGACAAUCUGCAUUCCUACUGACAUUGACAAGGAUAUAGUGGUUGGAGCAAAAGAACAUAGUCAUUGUACCAGAGGGCAGCUCAUACCAGUAAGGCAUUCUGUUAGAGAACGGAAACCCUCCAUUCACUUGCUUCACUCUGUCGCUACUGCCAGAUCCUGCGCAUUGGUUCGCAGGUCACGGAAACUACUGCUGAAUAAGGUUAGCUGUGAGUCCAGCAAGAAUACAAAGAACAGACAAGAGCAAGAGCACCUCCCAAAAAAUGCACUUUCCACUAGGACCAAGAAUGUCAGUUCCGUACAAGACGUUGUUCGUUUUUCUACCAUUUCAAUGGACUCAAUUUUUUCAUCAAAUGACGGUUUCAGGUGGUGGCCCGCCUCAGCAUCACCUGACACUUUAAAUGAACAGUUAGCUAGGAGGAUCAGGCUAAUGUCCAACACUUGGGUAUCAGAUGUCCUCGAGGCUAACAAGUCAAGAGAGAUUAAAUCAGAUCUUAAACCAAAAACUUGUGAGAGCCUCAGAGGAUCUGCUAAGAAGUCUGCUUCUGCCAUCAAAAUGCUUUUUGAGAAAAACUACAACAUGGAGAAGCUCUGUACGUGGUUUAUGCAGUCCACAGAAACUCAGUCCCUUGCUAUUGUAAAGAAGGCCACUGCAAGAAAUCCCAAGGAUGUCUUUCACUACAACCUCAGCAGACCAAAUUGCAAAGGCAAUGUUUGCCCAAGUCCACAGGCAGAGAGACUCAGGAAACAUGUCAAGAAAUUUGCUAAAGUUGUCCCAAAGAGUCCGUCAAUGCACAAACAAGCACAGGAAAUGCUGUCCAAGUCAAGGUCACAAGCCAAGAGAAAGCUUUUUAAUACAUCAUCAUUUAAACCAAGGCAUGAUGUUAGGCAGCGCAUUUCUUGGUCUAGAAGCACAUGGAUUAUCUAUAGAACAGCUCUGCUUAGAGCGAGACAGAAGUUUAAAACCAGACCUAGAAUAACAUUAGAAGUGUUUCACGACCAGAUGAGGACAAGGGCUUCAGGUGCUGAGACUCUAGAAUCAUGGAAAGAAAUGCCUAACUUGGUAGGCAAGACAUCCAGACCAAUCACGAAAGUUCAAAAUGCAUUAAAGCUUCUAGUCAAAACUCCACAGAAAAUGAUUGGGAUUGCCAACCUUUCAAAGCAGAACAGAAUCAGCUCCAAAGCUUGGAGUCCAGAGUCCCUAAAGGAGUGUAGGGUGUUUCUGAAAAAGAUCAACUCCCCAAACACAAAGUCAGUGACAGAGGAAUGUAACACUUGCACAGUAAAGCUCUAUGAUGUCUCUGAUCAUGAGGAGAAUGAGGAUGUUUUGGUGGAAGGGACACGUCCCAGUCCAGUUAACUUUCCAGUACAGCUGCACUCAUCCCCAAAAAGCCAGAGCAAGGGAGGAAGAAAAAGAGGCAAACUGAAAAGCUGGAGCACAAGUCCAUCUCCCCCAACAAAAAUGCUCAGACAAUCAAGGAGCAGCAGGGGUGUUCUAGGAGCAAGGUGGUGUGACUUUGUGCUCGGGUCACUGAAAUAACUUGGGACCAGUUUUGGGCAAGACAUUUUCUUGAACUAUCAUAAGGUGCCUUUCAACAGUGGUCUGGCUGAGUAUCACAAGCAUUAUGACACGCAACCUCUGCAAGCGUCAUGUAGCAAAAAACAACUUUAAGACACUUGUUGCACUAUUUAAACUUAUUUUGUGUUUUUAUGUUUGUAAAAUGUUUUAUUUACCUUUUAAAAAUCUUUGAAUUUUAUUUUUGGUGCAGACCAUGAGAAGAUCUAGUUACAUGAAGGAGAAUCAAAGGUUACAAGAGCAUUAUAUUGUUUGGUUUGCCCAAAUCUCGUAGCAGAGUUUAACAUUAAAGCAAACUUUUAUAUAAUUCUGGAGAAGACAAAUUUCAUUUCACUUUUUCUUUUACACUUUAUAAUCUUUUGUGUUGUAAGAGCUCUUUUAAAUGGGAUUUUUGCGAAUAUUUAAGUUUUUCAACUUUAAUUUUUAAUUUUUUUUUUCCUGAAGUCUUCUCAUGUGCUGUUAAUGUGUCAGACCAAAAUUCUCCUCUUAAAAUGUACUCUCAAUGCAUUCUGGAAUUUGAAAAUGAUAGUAGUCUCUCCUCUUUUUGGGUCUUAGUUGAUCUCCUCUUAUCCUAUAUUUAUGGAAACCUGUGAAUUUAGACUGUUUGCCAAGUUGUGUAAAAUCAUUUAAGCGUUAAUUUACAUCCAGGUUCAUGUUCUCAUUGCACUACCAAACCCAAACUGCUCCCGUUCCCGUUUUAUUCCUGACUAAAACCAUUUUCCAUGUACAGUGUAUUUGUGGUGCAACGUUUUGUUCUCAGAAAGAUGUAAGAUUCUGUUUUGCUUUCUUUUAAAUUAAAAGCUUUUAAGAUGACCCAGAGGCAAAUGUUCCACACAUUGUUUCUUAAAUACAAAAACUUAUACAAAUCUUAAUUUGUGAUCUAUUGCAGUAUGUGACACCUACCUCCUGAAAUCUACUGGUAAGACAUGGUAGAUUGGUCUAAACUAGUAACCGUUUUGACCUCUACCUAAAUCCAUUCUAACUGGUUAAAGCCUGUAUGUUUAGUUAUUUAUUUAAAUACUGUGUUCGUUUCCAUCUGCUGUUACUAAUUUGUGGCCCUGCCCCCCCGAGUAUGUAGAAGUCUAAAAUUGCCCUAUUGUAGCAUUGAUGUUUAUUUAGGUUUCCUGUAACUAGACUGGUUUGCACCACUGCAAUACAAGUUUAGUCAGUCAGUCCUCCUUUAUAUGUAUUUAGGUGCAUAAAACUAGUUAAUUCUAUUAGAUUUAAACCAUUUGUCUGCAUACUUGUAAGAGGUGUUUGUUCCAAAACUGCUGAGAUUGACAAUUUACAUCGUGUGCCAACAUAGGUUUCCAUCAACUGCUCAACCAUUCAAACUGCUGGAGUAAUCCAAAAACUGUUGCAAAAUUGGUGCAUUAUACCUUUAUACCUAUGCCAACCAUAUGCUGGAGUUGAAGCUUGUUAUGAGAAUUGGCCUUCUGUUUAUCGUCUUAUUAGUUCUGCCAUUUUGAAGUUUUGGCCACUGUAAACUUGUUACCUGGUGCUAUAUGUUGUACAUAAACAUGCAAAUUAUGUACACACAUUGUAUUUUCUCUGUUUUUAUACUUGCCUUCAAAAGAAGUUGUCUCAGUCAUUAGAACAAUAAAGGCUCUUGCAAACAGAUUGA